CACGUCGUGUGUGUUGUGUCGUCAGCGGCCCUCGCCCCAGAUCACUUGCUCAGUGAGAGGAUAGGAUCCAGGAGGGGGAGAAGUAGUUCAUGUCGGCGCCUGCUCCGAAAUAAAUAAGUUUAAGAUUGUUGCAGCAGUGAGCAUUCUUCCACACCAUGUCCCAGGACAAAAGUGGAUACCCCAUUAUGGGUGAAAACAACGUCUACGGACCCCCACAGCCAGGUUUUGGCAUGCCCCCUCCCAACUACAGCCAAGGCCCUGGGGGACAGUACCCACCUGCAUGUGCUUAUGGACAGCCAGGUUUUGCCCAGGCAGGCCAAGGUUUCGCACCUGGUCCCUACCCUCAGAUGCCAUACCCUCAGAUGCCCUAUCCACAAGGACCCUACCCUCAGGGACCUUAUCAGCAAGGACCUGGACAGCCAGGCUUUCCUUGUGACCCUAUGGGAGCACCUGCUGGGAGCCCUGGUUACCAUGGUGAUGGGCCUCCAUCUUACUACGACAAUGAAGAAUUUACCAACUCUGGCUUUGAGGACAAGAGCAUCCGACAAGCCUUUAUCAGAAAAGUCUUCAUGGUUCUCACGGUGCAGCUGAUGAUCACUUUCUCCUUCGUUGCCGUCUUCACCUUUGUCGAUGAUGCCAAGGUCUUUGUGCGUCGUAAUCCCUGGACAUACUACGUGUCCUAUGCAGUCUUUUUUGUGUCUCUGAUUGUCCUCAGCUGCUGCGGAGACUUCCGCCGCAAGCACCCCUGGAAUUUGGUUGCUCUGUCCAUCCUGACCUUGAGCCUCUCCUACAUGGUGGGCAUGAUCGCCAGCUUCUAUGACACAGAAACUGUCAUCAUAGCUGUGGGCAUCACUGCAGUUGUCUGCUUCACUGUGGUCCUCUUCUCUCUGCAGAGCAAGUAUGACUUCACUUCCUGUCGGGGAGUGCUCUUUGUGUGCCUGAUUGUGCUAGUGCUCUUCUCCUUUCUCUGCAUCUUCAUUCGCCAUAAGAUCCUGCACAUCGUCUAUGCCUCCCUGGGUGCCCUGCUCUUCACCUGCUUUUUGGCUGUUGACACCCAACUUCUGUUGGGCAACAAGAAGCUGGCUCUAAGUCCAGAGGAGUACAUCUUUGCUGCCCUCAACCUCUACACUGACAUCAUCAACAUUUUCCUCUACAUCCUGGCUAUUGUGGCUCGCUCCCGUGAAUAAGGCUGCCCCUUCAGGAGAACAACAGGGAGAUAGAGAAUGGCUCCAUUUGUUGUAAAGUGUAAACCCUUUCUCUAUGCCUCAUUUAGCUUUCCCCCCCUUGUCCCCUUUCCUGUCUCUCACUCAAAGCUCAGCGUUUUUAAAGCACGUGGUUAUGAUGUGGAUGAAAUGCAGCAUGUCAUAAAAUGCUGCUGAGAGGGAGCACUAUUUAUUUUCUCCAAUCCAAAUUUUUCCCUUGAUGAUAGAUGAAAAUAAACUGUCCUCAGUUUUGACUGCUCUACUUGCUCUAACUGUCCUCUGCUUCUACUAACACAGAUGGUUGUGUCUACAUCGCCCACUCAACAACUUCCAUCUUGGCUCAGCACAUACAAAAUAAAUCAACUUGUUCUGUGGGAGCUGGGCACUCAGUGUUGUCAUGUUACAGAGAUUAAACAAAAAAAUAGUUGGGAAAAUUACACUCACUAUUGAUGCAAAACCAGCUUUGCCUGAAUUUAGUAUUAGAAACACCCUCUUCCUUCAGAUUUGUUUUUUUUUUUCUUGAAACUUGUCUCUCCUUCCAGCCUGCUGGUGUUAACUAACUGCAUGGCUAAAUCAGAAACACUGAACAUGUGGUAUGAUUCUCUAGGUCUACCUGAGGGAAACCUCUCGCUUGUCACAGCUGUACAUAGUUGAGUGUAUUACUGUAUAUGAUGCCAGUAUCCCCCCCCCUCCUUUUCUACCUCUGAAGGUAUGCUGGAGCGAUUACGUAUGAUUGUGCUGCUUUUUGGGGAAAAUGUGCUCUGAUAAAUUAAAAGGUUUUCAUGGCAUAAGAAUGAAUAGUACCAUUGGAUGUUUAUGACAUGAACAUAAAAAAUAUUUAUAAACAGUAAAUUCUUACAGAAGUUCUUUCGAAAAGGUUAAAUAUUUUGCUCUUAAGUUAAUUCUGUAUUUGCAGAUAAUUCUUUUAACUUUUGUUGUUAGUUUUUUUUUGUUUUGUUGUUUUUUUUCGUCACGACGCCCCUUGUGUGUGGUCAUUAAUGUGAAAUUAAAUUUUUUCUAUUUAUUUUGUCUGGUUUCAGUUACUAUUGCUGGCCACGUUCAGAAGCGGAUCCCUCUAAAAUUUUGAAAUAAACAGAAUGAACAUAAGAUGUAUCUGUUUAAACUUGAUGUAGAUAACAGGGCUGCUUUGAAUGGAGUAGAACAAGAACAUAUUAAAAUGUGUGUAAGUCUAUUGCCAAUUCAUAAAACACUUCAGCAGUCUGACACAAGUCAAAAAGAAUCAUAAUGUACUAAUAGCCAAAAUACUUACAUAUGCAAACACAAAAGUUGAAGGAUGUAUUUAACAGGAAUGUGUUUAGACUCCAAUUUUAUUUAUUUACAUCCCUUGCAUGACCUCAUUUGCAUGUGCUGAUGAUGUGCACAGUACAGCUGUUCUUGUUUUAAAUAGACACUGUUGUUUGGCAGCCCUGUUAGAUCUUUUUUAUAUUGUGUUUGUACCCAACUAACAUGUAAGUGUACAUAGAACACUGUAGUGGUUUGAUGUGUAUAAAGUUUGGCCAUUGUAGGUUUGUUUGCAUUGUAUAUUUGCAUCAGGUUACAGUUUAAUUGAAUUCCUUUACACAGCUGUUUGCUUUUCAUUAAAACUAAUGUAAAAGUGCUGAA